AUGGCUGGGCGCCUGUGGGCAGCGGCAGGGUGCUGGGCGAGGCCCGUCGGGAGCCAGAGGCGCCCCUCGGUGACCGCUGCCCCCUCGCGAAAUGUCACCGUCACCCGGACUGGCGCCAUCUUGCCCAAGCCCGUCAAAGUGAGUGCGCAAAGGGGAGCCUCAGGUCGCGGAGGGGAAACGAGCCGGGAGUGAAGCCAGCCAAUCGCUAAUCGGGAUGGGCUGCCGGUCUUGGAGGACGUUGUGUCAGCCAAUGGCUUGAAAGGAUUGUUGGCUUGGCAGAUGGUUUGCCCAAUGGAUAAGGCGGCAGGGGCGGGCUUUAGAACAGAAGCACCACUAGGAAAUGAUCCCGUAAGGAUCAGUAAGACAAGAGCCAUAGGGGGAUAGUGAGGGCUUCCUCCCCUCUCCUGCCUGUGGGCUACGGGGGGGGGGGGUCAUUUAUAAAAAGAAAAGGGUGUAUUUGUGUGUUUUCUUUUCCUCCUUCACCUCGGUAAAAGCCGGAAGGGGGAGACCUUUUCCCGAAGAUCCUGCCUUCCUGCCCCUUUUGUUUCUUGUAGCAGGUGACAGGAAAUGUUAGUAAUGCGGAUGACUGAUACCUGGCCGACUGCUUUCAUGUCAAGUUGCAUUUGACAAGUAUGAAGUGGGAUGGACCAGCCACUCUUUGUCAGGUGUCUGGAAUGUGGCCUUUCAGAGCCCCUUCCCUGCCCCCUCCGCUCAGCUUCCAGGAGAAACGUUUUAAGGGAAGCCCCACAUUUGGCUUUCAGAAGUUCCACAAGCACUUGUCUAGAAAAUAGGGGCUGCAAGGAGGAGCAGAUGAAAGAGAGUGGAUCCAAAAACGGGAGGCAAAGGGAAUUGCCAGGAACCCGAGAAAAAGGGGGAGGUGAGCUAACGUGACCCAUAGAAUAAAGGAUUUUUAUGUGUUCAAAAUGAAUUUCAGGUGCUAAUGAAAUAAGUUGGACUAAUCACUGCUGCAGUACAUUGAGUAAUGCUGUUAUACAGUACUGCACUUACGUUUUCCAUUAUUUGAGUUUCAUGCUUUGAAUUGAGAGCGAAACUGUUUUGCUGGAUCAUUUACUACAGAAGGUUCCCCCGCCCAUGAGGAAAACACUUUGGAGUAUCUGAUAAUAUGCAAACUUUUAGUUUUCCUGUUUAUGUAUUUAGGAUAUAAAAUGUGUUGCUUGCUUAAUACUAAUAUUCAUUUUUGUUCCUUUUUUUUACUUAGUUUUUCCAUAUAUUUAAAGACAUUUUUACAAAUAUUUUUCUAUGUGGGUUUAAAUGUGAAUUAGUAGAACAGUAAGAAUAUGUGCUAUUAUUUAUGGGUGCAAGCAUUUGAAGGGUAAUGGCAUUUCUUUAAAUCUUUCCAUCAGCUCUAGACUUAUGUACGUUGGCAGCUUUGUAGAGAUUUGUUGAUGACCAACUUUUUCUGCAGGGCUUGCAUUGAAAGAUAUUAAACUGGUUCUCAAUUAAUCUCUGCAGAUGCCCUUUGGUCUCCUUCGUGUGUUUGCCAUUGUAAUUCCCUUCCUCUAUGUUGGGACACAAAUCAGCAAAAACUUUGCAGCCUUGCUAGAGGAACAUGAUAUUUUUGUACCAGAAGAUGAUGACGACGACGAUUAAUAGGUAUGGCUAUAGAUAAAAGCAGAAACUUGAUCUGAAGUUGCCCCCCUCAUUUGAUGUAGGAUGAGUGAAACCAGAAUAAAACACCUGGGAGACAAUCCUUCAUUGGCAAACCUGUUAGGUCAAAACAGAUACCCAGAAACAAUAAACUCCAGCUAUACUUAAAAUUCUCAUAAAACUGGUACUAACAUGUGGCGUAUGAGUGUACAAGAUACACAAGAAAUGAAUCUGGUUGCAUCUCAACCUCUCAUACACUGUCCUACAGGUGGGGAACGUCAGGCCUGAGUGCUGAAUGUACAUCUUUCCAGGGCAAUCCCCUCACCAGCCCUGCUCCUCAUCCUUGUGCUUUUGCCUGGCUGGAAUUUGUCCUUGAACUGUUAGAAUGUCUGUUUGGUGAAUGAAAGAUGGGAGGUAUGGGUAUGUGUAGAAACCUCUUGAUUUUUGCCUGGCUGGAAUGCAGUUAGCUGCAUAAAGAGUUGCAUCCAUUGCCCCAUCCAGCACUGGCAUGCACCCCCAAAAGCUCUUGCAAGGGAAUGUGGCCUUAAGACUGAAACAGUUUCCCUACCCUGCAUGUCCCUACAAUGUUUGCAGUGAAGGCCAUUGAGAAGCUCAUCUUUUUUUAUUGGAGUAGUUGCAGCAGCCUUUGAAAUCUCUUCUCACCUGUACCAUAGCACGUAUAUACCCUAGAUCACAAUUCCUGUCCUAAAAGCACUGUUGCCUACCUUUCCUUUCCCAGUCUUUAUUCCUAGUAUUUUUCUUUCCCAUUCUUUUAUUCCUAGUUUUAUUCCUAUAUAAUAAACUAAGCAUAUGCAGAAAGUUCUGCUUAUAAUUUAGUUACUAUUUUGUCUUACUUUUUGUGAAUAUAAUUUUGAAAGAAUUACAGCUGACUAGACAAUAAAUUCAUUAGGCCAUGACCAAAAUGUUUACACUGAUUUGGCAAUAUCACUGUUCUAUAUUCUAAAUACACUUGCCAAUGUCACACUGAACUUGUUUUAAUAAGCUGUGGGUUGUAUAGAAAGCAGCAAACAGUAUGUUUAUAAUAUGCAUAUGAUACUGGUGUUCUGUGCCAUUCUCUAAUUUCUGCAAAGCUAGUAUCCUAGGGGUUGAACAUGGGGCCAAUUCUGCAGUGUGAAAUAACAUAUUCUUGUUUCUUUACAGGGUUAAAAUAGGAGAAAACAAGAGCGAAAGCCAUAGACAACUAUUCUGA